UAUAUAUGUAAGAGGAGGGGGAUGUUUUGGAGAUAUUUCUUUCAGUUGAAAAAGAGGUCUUUUUUUGUUAUCUCAUUGAACCUCACAAGCAUGUCUGGAAGAGGGAAACAAGGCGGCAAGACCCGUGCUAAGGCAAAGACUCGUUCAUCCCGUGCCGGUCUCCAGUUCCCAGUCGGUCGAGUUCACCGUCUGCUGAGGAAAGGUAAUUAUGCCGAGCGAGUGGGAGCCGGUGCACCGGUCUAUCUGGCCGCGGUGCUGGAGUAUCUGACGGCUGAGAUUUUGGAGCUCGCCGGAAACGCCGCCCGCGACAACAAGAAGACCCGCAUCAUCCCCCGCCACCUGCAGCUGGCUGUACGCAACGACGAAGAGCUCAAUAAGCUGCUCGGUGGUGUGACCAUCGCCCAGGGAGGCGUUCUGCCCAACAUCCAGGCUGUACUGCUGCCCAAGAAGACUGAGAGCCACAAAUCGGCCAAGAGCAAGUAACGUGAUGCUGGCAGCUUCCACCACAGAUCCGAUAUGUACCCGACACACAACACAAAGGCUCUUCUCAGAGCCACC